GGGGGGGGUGAAACGAACAAAGGAAGACACCAUUCGUAAGGCUUGGAACAGCCCUUGGGUCUUGGACACCGACGAAACGCCAUGAGAUUAGAUGCAAGGAAUUGUUUAAAUGGAAUCGAUGUCUACACGGAACAUGGCUUCUCACUCACACGCAUCUCACUGCGAGUUACACUCUCUUUAAGUAAUUAAUCACAUUCAUUUAUUUGGCUAUCAGCCUGUCCUGUCUUUAAAUAUGCGUUUCACCGACGCCGCCACUCUCUUCUCCCUCUCUUCGCUCGCCCAGGCAGCACCAGGUCUCUGGAGCCACCAGCACGCCCACUACGCUUCCAGCAGCUAUGGUAGUGGUAGCAGCCAGGGAUACCAAACCGGUACCUUCUUCACCAACUGGGGCAUCUACGCUCGCAACUACAAGGUCACCGAUCUCCCCGCCAAGCAACUGACCAAGGUCAACUAUGCCUUUGCCAACGUAAACAACGUCACCGGUGAGGUCGUACUUAGUGACGAGUGGGCGGACAUUCAAAUCCCCUACCCUGGUGAUGUUGCCGGAAACGGCACUCUGCUUGGUAACUUUGGUGCGCUAUUCAAGCUCAAGCAGCAGAACCGCCACCUGAGGGUUACUCUCUCCAUCGGUGGCUGGAGCUUCAGAAACAACUUCAAGCCCGCUUUCUCCACCGAGGCUGGCAGGCAAAAGUUCUGCGACAGCUCGCUCGAGUUCGUCAAGGACCUUGGUCUCGAUGGUAUCGACAUCGACUACGAGUACCCCGAAGACUUGGAGGCUAGUGCCAAAUUCGCUGAUGUCGUCAAGCGCUGCCGCAAUGCUUUCGACACCUACUCCGCCGCCCACGCCAACAACUACCACUUCAUUAUCAGCAUCUCCUCUCCUGCCGGCCCCCAAAACUACGAAAUCUUCCCCAUCACAGAAAUGGACCCCUACGUCGACAACUGGAACCUUAUGGCCUUCGACUACCAAGGCCCUGGCUUCUCCAACUUCACCGGCCACAACAGCAACCUCUGGCCCAGCAAGACGAACCCCCGCUCCACCGACGGCUGGGACGCCAAGAACAAGAAGUUCACUGCCUUCAACACUGACCGCGCGAUCCAGUACUACAAGAGCAAGGUCUCGAGCCCCAGCAAGAUCCAGCUUGGCAUGCCGCUGUACGGCCAGGCCUUUGCAAACGUCAUGGAUCCCAACCCCUUUGGCGACGGCACGGGCGCAAAGUUCAACGGUAGCAUGCCUGGAAGCUGGCAGGCGGGUAACUACGACUACAAGGUGCUUCCGCUCAACAACUCGGGUACCGCAUAUGCUUCGUACGAGGCUGGUGCGGCGUGGACGUACAACCGCAAGACGCGCGAUCUUGUUAGCUUUGAUACUCCCCAGGUGGCUCAGUGGAAGACGCAGUACAUCAAGGCGCAGCAGCUUGGUGGUGCUUGGUGGUGGGAGGCGUCUGGUGACCGUCCCGUCACUGACCCCAAGUCGCUUGUUCGCACUGUUGUUCAAGCGCUUGGUGGUGAGAGCGCGUUCAAGCCCACUGAGAACUUGCUGUACUUCCCUCAGAGCAAGUAUGUCAAUGUGCGCAAUGCCAACGUUACUCGCGCUUAGGUGUGUGUGUGUGUAUGCGGGGCUUGGUAGCUAAGUGUGUCGAUGCGAAAGGAGUAGAGUAGAGAUAUAUACAAUAUACCCGAUUGGAAUCAUAGAAUAUACGUUUUGUGUUAC